GAACUGGAAGAGGAUGUUCAGGAUGCUUCAGAGAUUUCCUUUGAACAUUCAAUGCAUCCUAGAGAACUCAGCAUUGAUGAAAUGAAUGAUAUCUUCAUUAAGUGUACUCAUAUAGAUGACCAAGGCAACCCUUAUGGCCUUGGAUCACUGGUGGAGACCCUACAUAAAGGAAAAAGGAAGGAGAGUUACGCAAGCUCUUCUUCUACAGUGACAGUUGUUGAGCUUCAAGAGCAGCUGCGGCGCAAGAUCUCUAAUCAGGAUGCUGAGAAUUCAAGACGUGAUGAGGAGCACCGGAAGUCUCAAGCUCGGAUCGCAAGCUUGGAGAAGCUCAUCCUUUUCAUGAAAGACAAAGAUGUAACUAUUUUGUGACCAAAAAGUUUCAGAAAUUCGGACUAAUUUGUGACCAGAACAAUUAACAAAUGUGACCAAACUGUGACUAAACAAAUU